AUUCUUCUGAAAUUCUUUCUUUGGUGAGGGUCAUCAGAAGGAAGCACAGGUAAGAAGAUUUCAUGAUCUUCAAAAUUCAGUGGCGUUAAAAUAAGAAACUGUCUUGACAAGAACUGUCACGCUAUCUGCUGGGGGUGCUUGGAACAGAGAUCUUUGCGUUACAAACAAAACAGUGCCUGCCCGGAACCCUGCCAGAGGUGAACUCAGACUAUCUGGCUUGUGCGAUUGGGGGUAGAGCUGGAAAGCUUGAGGACACAGGAUUUGUCCUCGGCGAGUGGCUCGGUGUCCCGGGAAACUGCAGGGGGACCCCGGGAGCUCUGUCCUCGCCCCUGGAGGAGGCGUGUGGAGAAGACAGUUCUGUGCAGACCCGGGCGCUCCAGCCUGGCGGUCAGGCCACCCGGCUCCUGGUUGGGGCCUUUUAACCAAAUACUUUGUGACCUCAGCAGGACCGUGGAAGACACCACAAGAGCAGAGUCACUUGAUUUAGUGCAGACAUCCUUUUGCUUGGGAGAAGGGAGUUUUGCUGUUCGGAUGCAUAGAAUGUACCCAGAAAUGCCUCCAGCAAUGGAAGAGUUAAUAGUUGAACUCCGUCUCUUUCUUGAACUCCUGGACCACGAGUACCUAACGUCAACCGUCAGGGAGAAAAAGGCGGUGAUUACCGACAUACUGCUGAGGAUACAGUCAUCCAAAGGUUUCGAAGUGAAAGACCAUGUUCAGAAGCAAGAGACCCCCAACAGCUUGCCGGCUCCUCCCCAGAUGCCUUUGCCGGAGAUCCCUCAGCCGUGGCUGCCACCCGACGGCGGGCCGCCACCGCUCCCGACGUCCUCUCUCCCGGAAGCUUAUUACGAGGAGGCCGUGCCCCUGAGCCCUGGGAAGGCUCCGGAAUACAUCACGUCGAAUUACGACUCGGACGCGAUGAGUAGCUCCUACGAGUCGUAUGACGAGGAGGAGGAGGACGGAAAGGGCAAGAAGACGCGGCACCAGUGGCCGUCCGAGGAGGCCUCCAUGGACCUGGUGAAGGACGCCAAGAUCUGCGCCUUCUUGCUGAGGAAGAAGCGCUUCGGGCAGUGGAGCAAGCUCCUCUGUGUCAUCAAGGACACCAAGCUGCUGUGCUACAAGAGUUCCAAGGACCAGCAGCCACAGAUGGAGCUGCCGCUGCAAGGCUGCAGCGUCACGUACAUCCCGAAGGACAGCAAGAAGAAGAAGCACGAGCUGAAGAUCACCCAGCAGGGCACCGACCCGCUGGUGCUCGCGGUGCAGAGCAAGGAGCAGGCCGAGCAGUGGCUGAAGGUGAUCCGAGAGGUCUACAGUGGCUGCAGCGGCCCAGCGGAUUCAGAGGGGCCUCCGCCAUCAAGCUCCCCAGUGCACAAGACGGAGCUGGAGAAGAAACUGUCUUCUGAGAGGCCGAGCUCCGACGGGGAGGGCGCUACCGAAAACGGAAUCACCGUGUGUAAUGGAAAAGAACAAGUUAAGAGGAAGAAAAGUUCCAAAUCAGAGACCAAGGGAACCGUGUCUAAAGUCACUGGGAAGAAGAUCACCAAGAUCAUCGGCUUGGGGAAGAAAAAGCCCUCGACGGAUGAGCAGACUUCGUCCGCGGAGGAGGACGUCCCCACGUGCGGCUAUCUCAACGUGCUCUCCAACAGCCGCUGGCGGGAGCGCUGGUGUCGGGUCAAGGACAACAAGCUCAUUUUCCACAAGGACAGGACCGACCUCAAGACCCACAUCGUUUCCAUCCCUCUGCGCGGCUGUGACGUGAUCCCUGGGUUGGACUCCAAACACCCCCUGACCUUCCGGCUGCUUCGCAAUGGACAGGAGGUCGCGGUGCUGGAGGCGUCCUCCUCAGAGGACAUGGGCAGAUGGAUCGGAAUUUUGCUGGCUGAGACGGGCUCCUCCACAGACCCCGGGGCCCUGCACUACGACUACAUCGACGUGGAGACGUCCGCGAACGUCAUUCAGACAGCCAAGCAAACCUUCUGCUUCAUGAACAGGCGUGGCGUCUCCACUAACCCGUACCUGGGGAGCACCUCCAACGGCUACGCCCACCCCAGCGGCACAGCGCUGCAUUACGACGACGUCCCCUGCAUUAACGGCUCGUGGGACCCUGAAGACGGCCCUCCUGCUUCCCGUGCCAGAGGCCUGGGAGAAGAGGUGCUCUAUGAUAACGCAGUCCUGUACGAUAACUUGCCGUCUCCGAAAAUCUUUGCGCGCUACCCGCCUGCUGACAGAAAGGCUUCUAGGCCAUCUGCCGACAGACUGUCCUGUAACCAUUACAAAUACCCUCCCUCCUGCACUCAGUCUGCCACUAACACCUCUUCUCUGGGGAGGGCGUCUUCUGUCGGGCUCAGCUCCCAGCUGAAGGGUAAAAAGCCCCCGGCAGCCUCCAGUGGGGCCCCGGGGAAGGGGAAGACUCCAAGCAGUCAGCAAAAACAAGCCGAUUCGGCAUCCAGCGUGAAACGCACGCCUUCAAAUGCUGACCAGUACAAAUAUGGCAAGAACCGGGUCGAAGCCGACGCCAAGCUGUUGCAGAGCAAGCAAGAGGAGCUGCUGAAGAGGAAGGAGACCCUGCGGAACAGGCUGGCCCAGCUCCGGAAGGAGAGGAAGGACUUGAGGGCCGCCAUCGAAGUGAAUGCUGGCAGGAAGCCGCAGGCGGUUCUGGAAGGCAAGCUGAAGCGGCUGGAGGAGGAGUGUAAGCAGAAGGAGGCCGAGCGCGUCAACCUGGAGCUGGAACUCACGGAGGUCAAGGAGAGCCUGAAGAAGGCCCUGGCCGGCGGGGUCACCCUGGGCCUGGCCAUCGAGCCCCGAUCAGGGACGUCGAGCCCACAGUCUCCAGUUUUUAGGCAUCGGACUCUGGAGAGCUCACCCAUGUCCAGCUGCGAGACCAGCGAUGCCGAGGGCCCGGUGCCGGUGAACAGCGCGGCCGUGCUACGGAAGAGCCAGCCUACCGGGAGCUCCCCCUGCCGCGGGCACGUGCUGCGGAAGGCCAAGGAAUGGGAGCUGAAGAACGGGACGUAGAGCACGGCAGGACGCGCCCGCGUGGCCGCGGCACAGGACGCGAGGGUUUGUGACCGAGCUCCGACGCCAGCGCCCACGCCCGCCCGCGCGCACUCUCGCUACUGUUCACGUCCCCCUUAAAGAGACUUCCUGGUAACACUUUGGCUUCCGCCUCCACUUGCCAAAGAGCAGAGAGGACGGGAAGGAGCCCCGUGGCGAAUGGGGAGCUGCACCCCUUUCCCGGGUUCCGGGAGCGCCGGCCCCGCAGCACCCCCGGGCCCAGACCCGGGCCCUCGCGGGUGAGCGCGGCCGGCGUGGGCAGCGGCACCGCCCUGCCCAUCUGCCCAGAGGCCGGGGUCUCCGCGUCCCUCCCCACGUGCCCGUCCCCCUCGUCACUGGAGGCGGGCACGUGAUGCACCUGUGCUGUGAAGCGUCUUUCCCCUUUUACCGUCUUUUUUCUGGACAAAGGCUUUUGUCACCGUGACGUGAAAAGCUGCCAUUCUUUUUAAACCUUAAAAAAAUUCUCCUUUUAUCAUGUGUUGCACUUAGCUCUAAGGGUUCUUCAGAGGUUCUGUACCAUAUUUUAUUAAUUAUUUGUACUGCUUUUGAAAGGCAGCGGAACGUCUCUGCUGCUCACCAAUGUGUGUCCUUGUCCCCUUCCCCGCUGUCCCCGACCCUGCCUGCCACUCAGAGCCCGCAGGUGCCUCGAGGGAUUACAAUGAAACCUCCACUUACAGACGGGCCAGUCCCGUGAGAGAAGCAGGUUCUGGAAGCCGCCCGGCCACAGAACCAGAGCAUCCUGGUGCAGGACGAGAGCACGGCCCUGCCUCCCGCACGCAGACCCGGAGCGCAGGGGCACUGGGCUGCUCCCAGGCCCGUGGGCCGGGGUCGGGUCCCUGCACCCGUGUGGCGUUUCUCAGAGCCAGGUAAUCUGCUGUGUCUCCAGAGGGACCCUCUCAGGAAUCCUCAGUAACGGGGGGUGCAGCUACUGAUGUAAUAAAAGUGGUCACCCCAGGACCCCUCUGCAGACAGAUUCGGGGGCACGCGUCACACACGCGUGGAGGUUGUUUCCUGCACCAUGUGGAGCCACAGCGGAGCAAGGCUUCCAUCCGCCGCAGGUUCCCCACCAAAUACGGGAACCGCAGACAAGAAGCGGUCUGCCCCGCUUUUCCCCCAGGCGCCCGCAUAGCCUGUCCUGGGCUCCGCCACGGCUCCCACCGCCCUUUCUUCUUAGGGGUCCUGAGGCUGCCUGUGACCUUAGCGAGACAGUUUACAGCAGGGAGUGUGAGCUGUGGAGCUGGGCCCGAGCGGAGACAGCUGUCUCCUGGCCUGUCCCUCAGGGCCCCCGUCACCCGUUAGCAGGUGGAGACCUAUCUCCCCAGCACCCAGCCCAUUCGACCCCCUGGGACAUCGAGGGGGAAUGCCCCCAAGACCUCAGGGCCCAUCUUCCCAGCACUGCUGUCGUCCGUGUGGGAAGCUGGACCGCCUUGCCUUCCUUCUAUGAAACUGAUUUUCUGUAAAAGCAAAAGGUUUGAUCCACCGUAGAUUUUUGCUGCCUUCCGGUCCAGUAAAAUUUCUCAGCGUAAGGCGCUGGGGCCUCUCUGCUUGACAGCCGACUUUGCCCGAGACAGCUGCCAGGUUAGGGCCAUCAGGAGGGAAAGUGUGCAGCCUGUGCGCCCGACCAUGGACAGCAGCACAGCCAGGGAGACCCCAGGCGGUGCUAACCCUCAUCCCCAUGAGUUUGCCCGAGGACACAACCCGUUGGAGCCAGAGCCCGGACUAGGACUCGGACCCUGGUCCUCACGCUCCUGACGUACAAAACUGGUGUCUAAAACGCCAGGUUUUAAAUUCGCUUUCACAGCCACGAACCCUUUAAAGGGGCCAACAGGCUCAGGUGGGUCCUGCGUCCCGCGGAGCCACUUGUGGGGGUCGCGCGGAGAGCAAGUCUGCUGACAUUGGGCUCCUUUGCUGUGCGUUCCCCUCAAUGUCUUUAGAUUUGGUCAGAAAGUUAGGUGAAGGGAUUUGCUUCAAAUUAAGUUAUUUAUUUGUAUAUGUUCAAUAAAUAGAGUUUUUAAUUUAUGUCUGUAUAUAUUAGACACACAUUAGCCAUCUUGUCAGAAUCCUGACAGCGAUGUCAUUUUACCACCUUCCCCAAGCACCCCAGGGCUCGGGCCCUGCCCGGCGAGGUGACCUGUGCAGCGGGCUGAGGGUCCCUCGCUGCGUGGGUGCCAGUCACGUCCCACUGGAGACGUCACCCGAGCCGUAACAGACGGUCCCGUUCAUGGAGUGAUGGCCAGACCAUGACGGGGCCCUGACCCAAAGUGGGAGGCACGCGGGGGGCUCGCAGAUGGGGCCAGCUCUGCGGGUGACGGGCCACUUCCAUUAGCAGCACUUGAAGCCACACCAUCAGUCUCCAGGCGCUGCCUCUGGUCACAUGUCAUCAUCCACCUUCAAAAUCCCCUCCCGCCUUCUGUGUUUGUAACGUUUGAAAGUCACCCAGCAGCCUUUUGCACAGAAGCAAAUGGUCACCUCAGUGUGGUCACAGGUGGGCAGAAAUUGGUCACCUGGUGUGGGCACAGGUGGGAAGGUCACUUUUCCUUUGUUCAGAGUCUGUAGAGGGUUGGGCAAGGCCCUGCAAGCUGGCCACACCCUUGCCGGGCGUCCGGACGGUUCCACCACGGUAACCAGUGUGGGUCUGGGGAGCGGCCCAGAUGGCCGUGGAGCUUUCUGGAGUCUUCUCUGGGUGACCCUUCACGCCGUGGUGUGAACCCGUCCUGCCCCCCCUCCGCCAUCCCGUUCAUCCGCACACCUCUGUGUUGCCAAGCCUGAUCUCCCCCGCAUGCGUUUCAACAAACUACCCGAAUGGUUUGCGGAUUUACCUUUUGUCGAGUCUGUUUGGAGCGGUCUGUGCCCUCAGGCCUGAAGGCCGCGCCCAGGAAGGAGACUCAGACUUGUUCACUCACAGCCACAGUCUGGAACCUGUGUGCAGCUUUGCAAGGGGAUCAACCUGGGGGCAGCAUGGGUGUCUCGGGCAGGACCCAUUUGUCUGUGGUCACAUCUUUUCUGUCCAGAAGGGAAUGGCGACCGUCCCCGCGUGCCCUCUGGCUGGAAGCCUCAUCUUGGCCACACACCUGGCCGUGCACUCGGUCUGCUGGCCGAGGCGUGUGACAGGACCGCCGAGGGGCAAGGCGGCAUCGCUCACAUGGCCCACUGUGGCUGCCCUCUUUUUUUUUUCUUUCUAAGAUAAUUUUUUAAUGGGAAAAAUUUUAAGUCUGUCGUGUCGUUUUAAAGAGCGCAAUUACUCUUUGUUCCUGUUGUCAUUGCUGGCUGCUGUCCCCGUGGAGGGCCGGGUUGAUACUGUGAAGACGUGACGGUGAACGACACUGCGUGCCCAGAGGCGGGCUCAGCCUCUCCCACGAGCGCCCCCAGGCGGCGUGUCCGGGGUGAAGGCAGGUGGCUGCGCCCCAGGGGUCGCCGGGCUCCCUCGAUUCUGCCGCCCCAUCUUUUGUGAAACAGUUCCAGCUGUGAUCUUCCAGAAAAAGUCCCCUUUCCUGCAGCGGGCACGUGUCCCCAGGCGUUCCGAGCUGUCGCCAUGGAAGGUGUUUUCAACAUGGGAUCGUCAGAUCGUGAUUCUUAGGGACCAAAGGUGUUUUUAAUGAAAUAAUCUUUGUAUUUGAUUUCUAGUGAGGAGGAAAGCAGUGACUUUAAAUUUUAACACCAACUUUUGCAUUCUAUUUAGCAUUAAUUGACCACGGCUAUAAGUUGUAAAAUGUUUUCAUAUUAAGAUUGUAAUUAUUUCCUACUGUAUUUAAAAGAAAAAAAAACUAAAGUCAUAUUUAAAAUUCUCUUUGAAAAAAACAAACUAGAAGCAUCAAAGAUUUUUUUUUAAUUAAAUAUGUCACCGGUGCCCAUUUUAAAUGAUUGUAAAUAGAUUUUCACUGUAUUUCUCAAUGUAUUUAAUUCAUGAAGUAAGAACUUUUAUCAGUGGAAACUGCCAAUGGAGAUACCAGUUUUCAGGCCGUUUGCUCCAUAUUGUAGUAAAUCACUUGAAUUUUCUGCUUUACUAACUGAUUUUUCUACUGUUUUACACGGUGUAGCACACGGACUGGCGCCCUCCGGCGUGCCUCAUUUGUGUGUUAUCAAUAAAGCGGUACGUGUCCA